CCACGAAGUAAAAUAAACCGUUGGUGGACAGAGGAAGGGCUCCAAACAAAUCCUGCCACCAAUAAUGGCGUCGUCGACCACCGUCUCUCUUGCUUUGCCGCCAUUUCCUUCUACUGUUGCUUCCCAGGAGCCGAAGACUUAUUCCAUAGCCACUUUUAGCAGGACCCAUGAGUCGACUUCAUCGUCUUCGUUGCUGGGCACGAGGAUUUGUGUCAGCAGACGGAACAGGGAAAUUGCAGCAUUGGGAAUGGGAAGAAGCAGGGGCAGGGGUGCUGUAACUUGCUCGGCGGCGACGGCGGCUGCUUUGCCAUCCGCGCUUCUAUUCGACUGCGACGGCGUGCUUGUUGAUACUGAGAAGGACGGCCACAGGGUUUCCUUCAACGAUACUUUCGAUGAAAAGGAAUUGGGGGUCACUUGGGAUGUGGAUUUGUAUGGAGAGUUGUUGAAAAUUGGAGGUGGGAAAGAGAGGAUGACAGCAUACUUCAAUAAAGUUGGAUGGCCAGAGAAUGCUCCCAAGAGUGAAGAUGAAAGGAAAGCUUUCAUUGCUUCACUUCACAAAAGGAAGACAGAGUUGUUCAUGGCUCUCAUCGAGAAGAGACUGCUGCCUCUUCGCCCUGGCGUUGCAAAGUUGGUUGAUCAAGCUUUGGGAAAAGGGGUGCCUGUUGCUGUCUGCAGCACUUCCAAUGAGAAAGCGGUUUCUGCCAUAGUCUCCUACUUGUUGGGACCUGAGCGUGCGGAGAAGAUCAAGAUAUUUGCAGGAGAUGUAGUUCCUCGCAAGAAGCCAGACCCGGCCAUUUACAUACUAGCUGCCACCACUUUGGGUGUAGAUCCGGCAAGCUGUGUAGUGGUAGAGGACAGUGGAAUCGGGCUUGCUGCUGCCAAAGCAGCCGGAAUGAAAUGUAUCAUCACUAAGAGCGGAUACACAGCCGAUGAGGACUUUCUGAAUGCUGAUGCUGUGUUUGAUUUCAUUGGAGACCCUCCAGAAGAGCGUUUCGACUUGGCCUUCUGUGGGAGCCUGCUGGAGAAGCAAUAUGUGAGCUAGACCGUUCCAUUCACUUUUUUAGAAGCAAUUUUCUGAAUUACGUACUUCAUACCAGGUAUAAUAAUUGUAUAUUGUCAUCGAUAAUAAAGUUGAAGGAUCGUA